AUGACUAGCCCAGAAAUUCGCGAGUUCACCGUGAAGAUUCCCAGGGAACGAGGAGAGCGUCUCAAGCGAAAGCCAAGAGAUACGAGAUUACCAGGUCAGGAAAUCGUGCCCGGUGCUGGAACUCGAUACGGACCGGAAUACAACUGGACGGACGAUCUUUAUGAGAAAUGGACUGAUGAUUUCGACUGGUACUUUGUACAAGACAAAAUCAAUGAACCCUCCCAUUACAUCGGCGAAUUUGAAGCCGUUCAGAUUCACUUCCGGCAUUCCCGCUCCAAGACCGCCAAUGCAAUCCCCCUUCUCCUUAUUAAUUGGUGGCCCGCAGUUUUCUACGAGUUCAGUAGGGUUUGGGGCCCUAUGUUGCAUCCUGUGAAUGAGAACGAGCAAGCGCUCCAUGUGGUCGUGCCCAGUGUGCCCGGAUUCUGCUGCUCCAACUGGCCUCCCAAGGCCGGAUGGACGUUACAGGACACUGUGAGACUCUUUGACUCCGUAAUGAAAAAGCUCGGUUACAACGAGUAUAUGGUCCAAUGUGGUGGUACGCGACAUUUCGUGGGACGCGAGCUCGGGAUGCGCUGCACGCCGUCAUGCAAGUUGAUCCACUUCAACUUCAUUCCGAGUGAAAUGCCCAAUAACGCCAAGAGUUGGACAGAGCGCGAACAUGCUAUCGCUGAAAGGAAGGAGGACCGGUAUGAGAAUCACCUCGGUUAUGCUGUGUGCAUGCGCACUCGAGUUCGUACUUCUCUGUUUUGGAUUGUUGGAUAUUGA